AUGUUUGGUUUGUUUGCGGUGGCGUCGAUGAGGAUCAGUUUAGGGAUGGCGAUCACUUGCAUGGUCAAUUCUACAGCUUUUGUACGACCUAGUGAAGUCAGACUUUCCGAUAUCUCUUCAAACUUCACCCCUGAGAAUCCGAAAUGCUAUCGACCCGUAGAUGCCAGUGAAGCAAAAAGAGAUGGAUAUGGAGUAAAUGAGACU